UCUCCCCUCUGCAGGGACGAACGCUGCCGUGUGUGUCCCCCCUUGGCAUCCCCAUGGGUGUCUUGAGCUGCAUGAAGUACCUGAUGUUCAUCUUCAACGUGCUGGUGUUUGCUGGGGGGACAUGCCUGGUGGGUGUGGGGGUCUGGGUGGCCGUGGACCCGGCUGGUUUCCAGGACAUCGUGGCUGCCAAGCCCGUGUUGAGCACGGGUGCCUACCUGCUGCUGGCCGUGGGCAUCGCCCUCUCGCUGCUGGGCUUCCUGGGGUGCUGCGGGGCCCUGCGCCGGAGCCGGCCGCUGCUGCUGGUGUUCUUCAUCCUGGUGUGCCUCGUCUUCCUCACGCAGCUUGUUGGGGCCAUUCUCUUCCUGGUGCACUGGAAACAGAUCCAGCCAGAGCAGUUCCUGUCUGAGCUGCGGAGGAACUACCGUGGGGACGAGGGUGCUGAGGUCUUCUCCACUGCCUGGAACACCCUCAUGGUCACGGUGAGCAGCCAGGAGGUUCCUGGUGGGCUGCAGCAGGGUGUGGAGCACCCACAGGACCUGCUGAGGGUGACCCUGAACACGGACAAGGGUCUCGUGGACCCCAGACAGACACUGAGCACCAUGCUGGGCUGUUCCCACUCCCUUCAUAACCUCCCCAAGCGACACCCCUCUACUUUGACAGCGCAUUGA